AUGGUUUUUUCUACAAGGGGAGGUGGCAAUGCUGUUCAGAUUGUGCAACGGCACCACUUUGUGUCUCAUUUGAAAAGAAUGUCAGUUGUCGUCCGUGUUGAGGAGCAGUUCUUUGCUUUUGUGAAGGGUGCACCAGAAACCAUUCAGGAAAGACUUGUUGACGUACCCUCAUCAUAUGUCCAAAUUUAUAAGAAAUACACACGUCAAGGAUCUCGUGUUUUGGCCUUGGCUUUCAAGUCCCUUCCCGAAAUGACAGUUAGUGAAGUUAGAAGCAUGGACCGAGAAAUGGUGGAGAGUGGGCUUACAUUUGCUGGUUUUGCGGUGUUUAAUUGCCCUAUUAGAGGCGACUCAGCCAAUGUAUUGUCCGAACUAAAAGGAUCAUCACAUGACUUGUUGAUGAUAACAGGUGAUCAAGCUUUGACGGUUUGCCAUGUUGCUGGUCAAGUUCAUAUUGUUUCAAAACCUGCGCUGAUUCUUAGCCCGGCAAAGAAUGGAGAAGGAUACGAGUGUGUUUCACCAGAUGAGACUGAGAUUAUUAGCCAUAGUGAGAAAGAUGUUGAGGCUUUAGCAGAAGCUCAUGAUCUCUGUGUAGGAGGCGACUGCAUUGCAAUGUUGCAACAGACUUCAGCUGUUCUUAAAGUCAUUCCAUAUGUGAAGGCACACGCAGGAUUAGCUCUGCUGAAUGCAAUGCCUCCUACUCAAAGUGAAAAGGCUUCGUCCGAUUCAUCAUCCAAGAAUGAAACUUCAAAACCUGCUAAAUUAAAGAAACUUAAGCACAUGAAAGAAGCAGGCAAUGCCCUUGAUAUAAAUGGAGAAGAGACUUCAAAGAGCAGAGCUCUUGCAUGGUCAGAAUCAACUAGGCACACAGCUAGUUAUCACCAUCUGAUAGCUGCAGAGAUGCAACGGAAGAAGCUGAGGAAGCUUACGGAUGAGCUAAAUGAGGAGGGUGAUGGUCGCUCAGCUCCCAUUGUUAAGCUCGGGGAUGCCUCAAUGGCAUCACCAUUCACGGCAAAGCAUGCAUCAGUUGCCCCUACAAUUGACAUAAUUCGUCAGGGUCGUAGUACUCUGGUGACUACUCUCCAGAUGUUCAAGAUACUUGGUCUUAACUGUCUUGCAACUGCCUACGUCCUGAGUGUGAUGCACUUGGAUGGUGUCAAAUUGGGUGAUGUUCAAGCCACGAUCAGUGGUGUUUUUACCGCUGCCUACUUUCUAUUUAUCUCACAUGCUCGCCCUCUUCCUACACUUUCAGCUGAACGGCCCCAUCCCAAUAUUUUCUGCUCCUAUGUCUUCUUCUCUCUCCUGGGACAGUUUGCCCUUCACCUUUUUUUCUUGGUUUCUUCUGUUAGAGAGUCUGCGAAAUACAUGCCAGAUGAAUGUAUCGAGCCAGACUCUGAUUUCCACCCAAACCUUGUGAACACAGUUUCUUACAUGGUGAACAUGAUGAUCCAGGUGGCCACUUUUGCUGUGAACUACAUGGGCCAUCCUUUCAAUCAGAGCAUCUUAGAAAAUAAACCAUUUUUGUAUGCCCUUUUGGCAGUCAUUGGUUUCUUCACGGUUGUCACCUCUGAUUUAUUCAGAAACUUGAACGACUGGUUAAAGAUGGUCUCUUUGCCGACAGCUUUGAGGGACAAGCUGAUGCUCUGGGCGUUUCUCAUGUUCCUGGGCUGCUUCCUCUGGGAAAGGUCCUUGAGGUGGGUUUUUCCUGGUAAGAUGCCAGCUUGGAAGAAGUGGCAACAGCUGGCCGGAGAUAACCUAGAAAAGAAGAAGCAUAUCUGA